AUGUCUUUCUUCAGGAAUUCCAUCUACGACGACAGCGACGUCAGCUUCGCUCCCGUCUUCCGUUUCAUCGAUGCCUUUGACAACUUCCAGCGCGCCGCAGGAACCAACAACGGCGAAAAGGAUGUCGCCGCCAAGCCCAAGGCUGGUGCUAACAACGACACCACCGCCACCACUCCCGCCGCCAGCCGUCCGCUUCUCCGCCGGCCCGUCGCCGCGUCCUUCAACCCCCGGUUCGACGUGAUGGAGACCAAGGACGCCUACGAGCUGCAUGGCGACAUCCCCGGCGCCAGGCGCGAGGACGUCACCAUCGAGUUCACUGAGCCGCAGACCAUUGUCAUCCGCGGCCGCGUCGAGCGCUCGUGGUCGUCUGAUGACAACGAGGCAAAGGACGCUGAGAAGAACACCAACGACAAUAAGAAGGAGAAGCACGAAAGCCACCAGGCCUACGUCUCUGACGAGGAGGAUGAAGAGGCCCGCGAGAAUGGCAGGCAAGUCACCAAGGCCUCGGACGCCAAGAAGGGUGUCUCCAAGAAGCCCGAGCACCAGCAGCCGACCAACAGGUACUGGGUCCAGGAGCGCAGCAUCGGCGAGUUCAGCAGGACCUUUACCUUCCCCGUCAGGGUCGACGAGGGCAACGUCAAGGCCUCGCUGAACCAUGGCGUUCUCAAGGUCACCGUGCCAAAGCAGGAGAAACCUGCCAACCGCCGCAUCGACAUUCUUUGA